UAGUAAAUAGAGUGGGAAGUAAUUAAGAAAGAUAAAUUAUUAUAACUACCACAGUACUACCGACAUUGAACGUGAAAACAAGUCUGAAGUGAUGAGUGAACGUGUAGUUAAUUUUUUGCAGUUGUCAAGAUACGUUCAGCCUAAUAUGUGCAUGAUUUCGUGGUGAUUGUUUGUGAGAUUAAAUAGAUCGGUAAUGAGACGAUAGCCUGCAUCAGACAGUCAGUAGAUAUCGGUUGUAUUUGAUUGAUUAUUGUGUCUAUAUUUCGUGAUAUGCUCUGUUUACAUUUUUGGAGAAGAACUUGUAUUUAUUGCAGCAUUAUUAUAAAGCAGAAAAAGUAACGUUAAUUUACAUCUGAGAAGGUGGUAGCAAUAACUCAUUUUGUAGACGAAAAUGAUCACAGUGCCUCUUCGGGCCUUGUUAGUAUGUACAUAGUACAUUAUAUGCAUCAAAAUACGUCUUGAUUUUUUCUGUUAUUUAUUUCUAAAUUUACCAUAUAGUAGUUUGACAUACGGAAAAGUGCAUUAAAUGCAACGGAUAUGUAACUAUAGCCGUACGGUUCUGAUUUAUCUGUUACUAUAUGCUCAAUAUUUGUUGGAUUCGCCUACUUUCAAACAUAUUGCCACUUUCUGCCCUAAUCCAUGUGUCGCUGCGGUGGAUAGGUUAUCACCAAAACCCAAAUUUCAGGGCAGUAGAGGCCUAUGGAUAAAAUAGCAGUUUUUGCUAAGUUACACUAAAGCGUUUAGUACUUUACAUUGUAACCGGCUAUUGUUUGGAAUUACCACUGUACCGUGUGUGAAUGUUUUCAUGUAAUAAAAAGGUUAUAUGCACUUUAAGCAGAGCCACUGGAUGACUAUUAUUUGCAACUGAAGAAUUACUUAAGUGCACAACAGAUUGCCAGAGUCAAAGAGGGACAAAUGACACUCUUGAAGCGACUCGAAGUGGAUUCCUGCUGCUAGAAAACUGAAAACGUGUGCUUCUUGUAUGGCAUGGUUAUAAACAUAAUUGGGAGGAAUACGAGCUACAGCUUAAUAGUUCUCAACUUGAUCAGUGAGAAGAAUGCAGUGUUUUUAUUUUUCAUGGAAUAUGAUUGCAGGUAUCCACGGCAAAAGAUAUGAGUGACACUGAUGAUACUGAUCUCCUUUUGAUUAUUCCUCCAGAUUUUUUUAAUGUGCACUCAUCUGAUUCCGAGGACUCAGAAUUUUCGGUUAUCAGAAGAGACUCUGACAUCAGUCGUCACAUUGUGCAAGACCUGGUUAAUCAUGUUAAUCAACUUGAGUCCAGAGUGUGUACAAUUGAAAGUAAGGAAAAUCUAGUUUCAAAUGGUAGAAGUCUUGACUGCUCAGUGGCCGUCGACUCUGCAGAUAUAAAGCACGGUGAUGUGGCUCUUAGUUUCUAUUCAAUGACAUCAACAGGUUAUAGAUUUGGAACCAGUUUAGAUUGUAACAGAAGUGCACUGCGUACAUCUUGGAAGCAGAAACCCCAGUCGCUCCCUACUACUCCAAGCACCCAUCACCAGAGGCUUCAGCUAAUACCUGAUAUUUUAGGACACUCUUACACUAAUGCAAUUCAUGGACGAGAGAAUAUUCGUUCAUGUGCAGGAAAUAGAAUUCCUGAUGACAGAAUAAAGAGCAGCACAUCACUUGCAGACAAUUUACCAAAUAAUGAUUCAGCUCGGACUGCGUUAUCUGACAGCAGUGAUAGUUACCCUCUAUUCUCAGAACCAGAUGACCAAAGAACAAUGUCUUAUCAAGACUUGAGUUUCUUGAGUGAAAUUGAUGAAUUCCUUGAAAGUAAAAGAGCAGUUUCACGAGAACAUGAGAUUACAGCUGAUCUCAUGGCAAACAAUGACCUUAAAAGUAAACUGGAAAAGAACAAUAUAAACAGUAAUAAAAAGGGUAGCAGCUUUAUAGAAUUUGACAGUAUGAACAAGCCUUCUUCAUUAUUCCAUCCGGAUGUGAAUUCUAUUGUUUAUGAUACGAAAAGGUUAACAUUGUCUGAUGUUGAUAAACUACUUUUUGAAAUGGAGAAAAAACAGUCUGAAAUAGAGCAAAAACUAAAACAUGGUAGACCUUCUUAUCACUCUUCAGUGCCUGUGUCAUACAGUUGUGAUAGACCGUCUUCCAUAUUUUCUGAUAGCAGAAAGCAGUCUGAUGAUAGAAAUCACAGUAAAUUUUCAGUACCUGACUCUCAAAGUUAUAAUGGAACUGUAAAUUCCAAUGGCAGAUGGAAAGAGGUGAAUGAUGAAAUGCUACCUGCUGCACGUGAUGUAUGUACAGAAGGCAAAAAAUCUCUUGAGAAAGAAGAAGCAGAGAAAAUGUCAGUAUCUAAAAAAUUAUCUGUUGUAGGUGAUAAUAUCUGUUCAGUACCUGACUUAGGAUAUGGUGUUCGAAACAUAAUGAUGCAGCCAUCAAGCAGUGCAGAUCACGAGACACUGCUAACUAAUUCAGCUGAUCAGAGAGGACAUGUUAGAAGUAGAAAUAUAUGUGUAAAAGGAAACGAAGUUCCUAAACAAUAUGCCACAGAAGAAUCAAUGUGUGCUUCUAUGCUUAGGGAUAAUAUUGUCUCAGUGCCAGACUCAGAAUAUGGUGUUCAAAACUUAAUGGUGCAGCAUUCAGAGAAUGCAAACCACCCACCAACACAGAAUGUUUCAACUGAUGAGAGAAACAGUAUUGCAAGUGCAAAUACCCUAGCUUGUCAUACUAAUUUAAUAAGUAUGAGUGAAUCGUUGAACCAUUUACCCAGCACGAACCCUACAAAUACAUCAGACGCAAGUAAUAGAACCGAUGUAACCCUACCGGUAAACAAUGAAGGCAGACUGACAGUGCAGUCCAGCAAAAAAGAAAAUGAAGUGUUAUGUCAAAUACUGGAUAAACCAUACCAGCUACCCUCUCAAGGUUCAAUGCGAGUUACUUCAAGACAUUUCACCAACAUACUUGAAAUUGAUGAAAAAAAUAACAAGAAUGAAACAGAAUGUUACACAGAAGAUAACAGAAGUAAGUUGCAGCAACCAUUUGGUAUUGCUGCUUCCUCAAUGAACAAUGUGGGAGAUAAGAUUGUUCCCAAUGAAUAUCAGGGCUUCCACAAUAUGACAAAAUGUGGUGAGCAAGUUGAUUCUGGUGUUGUGAAACAAGUGGACCAGGCUGUUAAUAGUGGAAAGAACUCAAAUGAUACAGACACUAUUACAAACAGAAGAGUGAGGGAAAUGCCUAGCAGGAGGAUGGAUUUCAGUGGUCAUACAUAUUCUGGGAAAUUCAUGAAGAAGAAAGUUGAAUUUUCCAGAGAAUCCUCUAACACUCACAUCAAAGGCAAAUCAGGAUCAUGGACUGAUGGUGGGUCAAAUGUAUUCCAAAUGAGGAGGAGUGGCCAUUAUGAUAACACUUCAACAAGUAGUGGACCAUUAUUGAGUCUGUCAGAAUUGUGGGGUAGUGAAAGUAGCGGGCAUAAUCGAAAAUCAUCAAAUAUAGAACAACGUCUUGAAGAAGAAGUAUAUCGUCGACAACACUGUGAACGUCUUGUUCAAGAAUUACAACGGCAGCUGUUGGAGGAACGUGAGAAGCUUGCAGUCGCCAUGAGAGUUGAUGAGAGCAAGGACUACGCCAUUUCCCAAUUACAGACUGCUUGGGAAAAGUUGGUUGGCCAUUGGAAUGAUCUUGAGGACGAGCGUAAUGAGCUAGCACAGCAACUGCAAGACCAUAAAAUCACUGCUGCCCAGGAGGUUACUGAGCUACAAGAGAAAGUGAAGUCUGUGGAGAGAGAACUUUCAAGAGCUCUGGAACUAGCACAGGGUUAUCAGACUAGAUGCUCUGAAAUGGAAUGUGAAUUGGUCAAAGCAAAGAGCAGUACAGAGGCUACGGUGGCUCUCAGUGAAGCAAAGAUGCUAAAUCUGAACAAUGAAAUUGCUUCUAUUACUGCUGAAAGGGACCAGUUGUUGAAACGUGUAUCUGAUGUUGAAACAGCCAUAACAAAGGAUAGAAGCCUACUGAAGGAAGCUGAGGCAGAAAUGAAGAAAAUGCAAGAUACAAUGUCGAACCAAGAGGCAGAAAUUCAUUCUCUCAAGCAGCAAAGUGAAACAUUACUGUUAAGGUUAAAUGAGGCAAAGUCAAAGAAUCAGCUAUUGGAGAAUAGUAAGACAGCUGUUCAAAAGGCCUUGGAAGAAACUAAAAAGAAGGAGAAGGAGAGACAGAGUGAACUGAAGGAAGUUGUGGAACAAAUGAAGCAAGAGAAGCUAAAACUUCGUGAUUCAUACCAACAGCAGGUAGAAACAUUAGUCCGUGAGAAAGUCCAAGAAUUCCAGUCACAGCUGGAUGCUGCUGAGACAGCUUUGGAGCAACGAGAGAAAACACUUGCUGAAAUGACGUCACAGCAAAUCAAACUUCUCACAGAAAAAUAUCAGAUGGAAGUAAAGCUACUAGAAGAGAAACAACAAGAUGAAAUGAAGUUGUAUAAGAUACAACUAGCACAGGCAAAUCAGCAGCUUGCAAAAUUACAGGCACAGCUUCAGUUGCAAACUAAACAUCGAAAUGAACUUUUGGAGCAACUUCAUGAUGCAAUGGAGGCUCAGUGGCAGGAGGCUUUACGUAUGGUGCAAGGUAAAGGUGAUGCAUGGACUACAAGUCAUUUUAUUGAUGUGGACAGCCCCUCUCAAAGAAAAUCCCCAUCUACAAAGGACCAUCCUGUUUCAGUGCCUGAAACUACGGCCAUUGACAAGUACCAGUUUGCAAAGAUGUUGGAUACUGUUAAAAAUGCCACAGCUUUCCAGGAGGCAUAUCACUCUGAUAUCCCUCCAUUGACUCUUCCUACAUCAAGUGCAGCAUCGACUGUAGACGAUGAGCCUUUUAGUAAAGAAGACCAACUUACGUACAGAGUACAGGAAAACAAGCAGCAUUCUGUUAGUCCAGGAGAAGAACUCAGGAAAUAUAUUCAACAGCUUUUGGAUAGAUCACCAGGAAAUCCUAUACAAGAAGUUGCACAAGAAUCAGCAGAGAGGGAUAUUGACAAAGAAAUGGAACAUCCAGUCAGCUCUGUUCCUGUAUGGGAACCAGUUGGCACUGAUCAGGCUUCCAUUUCAUCUGUUGCUAGUACAUCGCAGCUGGGUAUGAUAUCUAGAGAUGUUUACGACACAGUUAAAGGUACACGAAAUAUGAAGAGUAAUAAACCUCCAUGGAAAUAGCACCAUUAUAUUAUGAAGAUCGGUGUGCUCUCUGCACAUGUGCAUGUGCCUGUGGCUGAGGACCGAGUGCGUCAAGUGGCACGCCAUUUGCCUGGCGGCCAAUGCUACGUCCUCCUGUAUUGUUGCUGCCUGAUGUUUGGGCUGCUGCCGCAGUCUCACGCCGCACCUGGUACCGGUAUAGCAAAGCCCCAGCGACUAAAGCAGCUGCUACAGCCGAAAGGGCUGCCAGUGCAAACAGUGCUCCAAACCCUGGCACAGGCAGGCAGACUCCAUACACUACCUCCUCUUCACGUGUUCGUCCUUGAAAUACUGUUACUGCCUCGGGUCGUGAGUCAGGUGUAAAGGCUAGGUCUGCCUCCGACACGACAUCAUACAGCCCACUGACACCAACAUCAGCAUUGCCUCCUGCUGGUACAGCUACAGAACGGCGUGGUCUUGCAAAUCCGGUGCUUCUGAGAGUGCGAGGCCCAUGUGGAAAACGUUCUUGACCAUCACGGUGUCCAGGAUGUGGCUGUUCCUGAAAUGAUUUAUUUCAAAUACUAAAAAUGUCAUUUCCACUAAAGCAGCAUUAAAUUACCAUUCAUAUCUAUUCAGUUAUGUCUGCAUAAGAAACCCAUCAAACAAAAUGUUUCAGAUUUUUGUGACCAUAAGAUCAUUAAAUUAGCUUUACUAUUUUUUGCAAGUUAAAUAGAUUGUUUACUUCUUGUACUCUGAUGAAGUUGAAAAUUACUGGUACAUAAGCAAUAACCUUUUAAAGGAAACUGAUCAUUGUUUUCUUGAAAAAAUGUUAUUUUUGCUACAGUGUACUAUAAAUUGCCCUGUUCAGAACUGAAAUUGUGAUAUAGUGAUUUGACAAGUGUGAUGGUAUUGUUACACUUACUUCCUAGCUGUCUUCUGAAUUACUGAUGUAAUAAGUGUUACUAUAAUUUAUUUUUAUUUUUCACAAAGUGCUACCUACAUUGAUAAUAUUUUGUAGCAUUUCAUCUUUAAUUAAUUGUAAAAUUAAACUGUAUUCACUAAUAUUUACAUAUGGUGUUUCCUUCUCCUUCUCUCUCUCUCUUAGCCACUUCUUUUAUACAGUCAAGCCUCUGGAUGUAUUGUUUUUUACUUCUUUAUACUUGUUUGUAACCAGUAACCAUCACAUGUAAAAGUUCAUAACAAGAGUGUACAGUAAAAUACACAGUUGUCUUAUAAACUUCUGUUACAUGUAUAUUUAUGAUCUAUAUAUUUAAAUUAAAGUUUUGUAUGAAAUGUUA